CAAAUAGUAUGAACCAUUAUUACUAUCCCUAUCCACGAAUUCACAUAUCUCUCUGUAAAUACAUUGCACUUUGAAUUCCUUGAUCUAUAAAUUCUCUUCCUCUUCCUCACCAUACCAUAUUCCUUUUCAUUUUCAAACCAGAUCAUGGACUCAAAAUCUUUAACAAUGUCUCAUGUUGCUACUAUUGUUAUACUGGGAUUACUAUUCCUGCAAGCGGCAGAAUGUAGAGUAGAGAAUAGUAAGGAUGCAGUUACGUACUCCGCCAUUAACUGCCGGAAGCACAGUGCUCUUUUGACUGAUUUCGGAGCCGUUGGCGAUGGAAAGACAUUGAACACAAAGGCUUUUAAAGAUGCAGUUGAUAAACUAAGCCAGUAUGCAUCUGAUGGCGGAGCACAGCUAAUUGUGCCCCCCGGUAACUGGCUUACCGGAAGCUUCAACCUCACAAGCCACUUUACCCUUUUCCUCCAUAAGGAUGCUGUUAUUCUUGGGUCUCAGGAUGAGUCCGAGUGGCCUCUUCUUCCAGCACUGCCUUCAUACGGGCAAGGGAGAGAGGCCCCUGGUGGAAGGUUAAGCAGUCUAAUCUUUGGAACAAACCUUACCGAUGUCGUAAUUACCGGUAACAAUGGCACCAUUGAUGGGCAAGGUGCUCCCUGGUGGGACAAAUUCAAGAAGGGUCUUUUGAAAGUCACCCGACCAUACUUGGUUGAUAUUAUGUACUCUAAUCAGAUCCAAAUCUCCAAUCUCACUUUUCGUAAUUCUCCAUCCUGGCACAUCCAUCCCAUUUACAGCAGUAACAUUACUAUACAAGGCCUCACAAUCCUUGCACCCGUUACCGUUCCUAACACAGAUGGGAUUGACCCCGACUCGUGUUCACAAACUCGAAUUGAAGACUGUUACAUAGUCUCCGGGGAUGACUGCAUUGCAGUGAAGAGUGGCUGGGAUCAGCAUGGAAUCAAAUUUCGAAUGCCAACCAAGCAUCUUGUUAUUAGGAGGCUUACCUGUAUUUCACCUAAAAGUGCUACCGUUGCCCUAGGCAGUGAAAUGUCUGGUGGAAUCAGGGAUGUAAGAGUUGAAGAUGUGACAGCCAUUAACACCGAAUCCAGCAUUAGGGUCAAAACAUCUGUAGGCAGAGGAGCUUAUGUAAAAGACAUUUAUGUACGAAGAUUGACGUUGAACACUAUGAAGUUCGUUUUUUGGAUGACAGGCGCCUAUGGUUCACAUCCAGGCGAGGGUUUUGAUCCAAAGGCACUUCCUGUGAUUCAAAACAUCAACUAUAGAGAGGUUGUUGCUGAGAAUGUUACAAUGCCGGCCCAGUUGGAUGGAAUUGCUAGUGAUCCUUUCAAGGGAAUUUGCAUCUCUAAUGUGAGUAUCUCACUCACUGAAAAGCCAAAGAAAUUGUUGUGGAACUGUACUGAUGUUGAGGGCGUUACGAGCAAUGUGACUCCGAAGGCUUGCGAUUCGUUGCCCGAGCAGCAAAAACCAAUCGAUUGUGCUUUCCCUGAGGAUAAGUUAGCCAUUGAGGGCGUUAAGCUGACCACUUGUUCUGCUUAAGAUUCUAUUUUAUACAAACGGGAAUUUUGAUGCUUGAA